UUUUUUGUCCUGCACAGCUAACUGUACCCAUUUGGUUACAACAACUACUACUAUUACUACUGCUGCUGAUUUUUCACUCUUCAAGUCCUCUUUCACCCCCCCACAUCUACUUGUUACCGUUAUCGGGUAAACACCUCCAUCCCCACACAAACAAACACACUCACAUACACCAUGCCUGAGCUUCCAGAGGUCGAGCGCGCGCGGCGACUGCUGCACUCGCGAUGCAUCAACAAAGAGAUAACCUGGGUGCGCGCAACUGACGACACCAUGGUAUUUCCCGAAAAGCGUGGGCACUCGCUCUCCCUAAUGCUGAAAGGCCGGCGCGUCAUCGACACCGGGCGACGGGGCAAGCAUUCUGGCUAUCUGAUGAUGCACUUUGGCAUGACGGGGGAUAUCCACAUGAGCGACGAGGCCGAUAGCCGUUACCGCAAGAUGGGUGUUGACGUUGGAGGGGCGUGGCCGCCGCUGUAUACCAAGCUGGAGAUGGAGUUUGGCAAGGAACUGGCGGUUGCGUUUACUGAUCCCCGGAGGCUCAGCAAGAUUCGCAUAUUUGACGGCAAUGCGGUGGACAGCCCGCUAGUGAAGAGGCUCGGGUUUGAUCCGAUUCUGGACCCUCCUGGGUUCGAGGACUUUAAGGGUGCCCUGGCGAAAAGGCGCGCGGCAAUCAAGGCAUUGCUUCUUAAGCAGGAGUUCUCCGCCGGUAUCGGCAACUGGAUUGCGGACGAGGUUCUGUACCAAAGCAAAGUGCAUCCGUCACAGCCGGCUUGCUCACUGACGGAUACCCAGGCAAGGAUGCUUCUGGAGCAAAUACGCUCGGUGUGUAUUACGGCGGUUGAGGCAAAUGCUGACAGCAACUUGUUCCCACCAAACUGGCUGUUCCAUCAUCGCUGGGCAAAGGGAACGAUUAAACCGAGGCAGCCUAAGAUGCCUAAUGGACAGGGCAUUGAGUUUGUGACUGUCGCUGGUCGAACAUCGGCGUUUGUGCCUGAGAUACAGGUCCUGUUGGAAACAGACAUUACUGCCAGCGAUACGGAGGAUGACGGAGAUGAGGAUGAUGAGGAGUCGUACGAGCGCUUGCAGCCGCCGCCUUCUGAGCCUUCUAAGCCACGGAGAAAAUUCCGGCUAGGCCGCGCAGUCGAGUAAACGAAGAGAAGUAAUUUUUUCUUCGUAUUUUAACAUUUGGGAAAAAGUGAAUGCAAUUGCAAUAAACAA